UCAAAUGCAAUGAACCGUCGAUUAUGUGAUAAAAUAAUUGCCACAAAAAGAGGUGUCAUAUUAUCGGCAUCUAUGGCCACUACCGUCUCGACGGCUAUCGGUUGUCAUCAACACCAACAACAAGUAAUUUACAGCAGAAAUAUCUGCCGAUUCUGGCCAUUAUCGAUGGCCACGACUAACAUGUCGUCGAGGAUGUUCAGUACGACAACUGUCCACAGGUCGACAACCCAGGAUGUCGGCGGCUUUCGUACUAAUUACGAGAUACUCGGUAUUACACCCAAUGCUACCGAAAAAGAGAUCAAAAGUGCCUACUAUUCACUCACAAAGACAUGUCAUCCGGAUGUCAACGAAUCAGCCGAAGCUAAACGACAGUUCCAGUCGGUUGGUGAGGCCUACGAAGUAUUAUCCAAUGGGGAUAAACGUCGGGCCUAUGACCAGUCGAUUGGCAAUACAUAUCGCUAUCGUCAUCUACGACAACACAAUCAGCGAUCGGAUAUACAGACUACUGGUCAAACAAAUCAACAGAAUCUCGAUAACUAUCGUGAAAACAAGUUUACCGAUAAUGAAACGGUCGGCAAUCGGCUAAACUAUGCACAGUUGUUACGCAAUAGACGCCGACAGCAGACCGUACGGAUGGAAAACAUCUAUAAAUCAAGUGAUGAUCUUAACAGUGGUGGUCGCGACCGCUGGACAUAUGAAGAUCCACUGAAACACGAUCCGAAAUACUAUUACGACGAAAUAUUUACCGAAAAACAUAGCACGAAAUACGCCGAUGAAGUGGACAAACAGGCCCGAGAGAUGGCCGAAAAAGAGGAAAAACAUAAUCUGGAAACUGGCGGUAUUUUGGCAUUGGUGGCCACUGUAAUGUUGUUGCUGGUCAUUGUGCCCGAACUAAUUGAGGCCAAUACGUCUAUAACUGAGUCGCCGCCGCCGCCGAAGCUGUCACGGGUACUACACUUGAGUCCAUAUGCGGGACACAACAACAACAACAAUAUUAGUAGUAAUAAUAGUAAUAACCGAUCUAUUAAUAGUGACAAUACAUAAUAAUAAUAAUAAUAAUUACCCGACACUGUAAUAUAGUUA